UGCAAAUGGCCAAAAUCGGGUGAGAAAUGGCUCCCGUGUGUUUUUCUAUCGCAAAUUUCGACGUUAAAUGAGUAUCGCAGCCGUCGAGAAACGUGCGCAAGUUCUACCGGAAGCGUCUGUGCAAAAGUGGCUGGUGUUUUUCGCCGUGAACGCGCGUGCAAAGUCGUGAAAAUUGCGUAUUUCAGUUUCCUUCCAAGUCGCUGCCUAAAAAAUUGGGAUUCGGACUCGGUCCUCCUCAGCCUUCGGUGUGCUCUUCUCUCUCUUCGGCGCCGCUCUCCCGACGACGACUCGACAUUCGUGAGCCCCUUCUUGCUGCCGGAGGAGACCUUCUGCUCUGUGUGUGUCCCCGGGGUGGUCACACCAACAGCCAGCCAGCCAGUCACAAACACACUCGCAGUCAGCCAGCCAGCCAGCCAGAGCUCGGAGUGUGUAGUAUCAAUUAGAUUGCUGCUGCCGCUGCUGUGUCAGGGAAAAAGUGGCGAUUCGCGUAUUUUUUUUUUCGCUCCUUCUGUGUUUGAGUUGCUUCUUGAUUUCACGACGACGGCGCUGGUGGCACUGUCUCUCUGAUGUGUCCCUAAAAUAGAAAUUUUAAUAUGUGAUUUUUAUUAGUAUUUGAGGCAAGGAAAAAAAAAGUGAGCGAGUGAGGAGGAAAAAAAAGGUGGAUUUCAAGCCGAGUACGAGCGGAGAAUCGCAGAGUGUGAGGGCACAAACUAUCGGCUCUGCUGCAAUAAGAACCCAAAAAAAAAAGUGGAGCCUUCGACGUCACACAUUUUCCGUUUUGUUGUUGCCUUUUUUUUCGGCGAGGUGUUCAUCAACUGCAACUAAAACCAUUACAUCGAGUUGGGCAAUAAGAACGGAACGGAAAGUACACAACCACACGCGAGGACCGCGGCGGCACACCGUGGGCUGAGACAGUGAGCGUGUGACGCAAGUGAACCCAGGCUCGGAACAAGGAAGAAGCCACAAGUACUCGACGAUCGUCGUCUUAUCGGAGAUCUUGCCAAAACAGUGCGGAAGAUUGUGGUGUGUGCGAAAUUGAAAAGUGUAAACACAAAACAAAGAGGAUUAGAAGUUGAACAGCGCUCAGUGGUUAUUUUCCUAUCAGAGCACACACACACACACGUCCGCGCACCUGUGUCCACAAGCAAACAAACAGGCACACACUAACACACUUGCUCGUGAACGUCGUCGUCGUUGCAUAAUUGAGUGAACACCGCGCGAGAGUGAAGCAAUCAAGAAGAGAGCGACAGAAGAAGAACAACAGAAAAGGUGCUCCCCCUGUAUCGUAUCGCACAUACACACGAUCAUCGCGCACUGAUAAAAGAGCCCCAACAACAACAUCAACAACGUCACCACAAUAACAAGUGGGGUGGUGUCGUCGUGAUCGUGAAUCGCAGGAAGUGCAACCGCUGAAAGUGGUGGUAGUGGGUGGUGCUCGGGAAAAAGUUCCGGAUUUGAGUCGAUGCGCACAUUACAACAACAACAACAACAAAUAAAGCAGAGAAGAACAAAAACACACCACGCACGCUGACACUCACAACUACAACACCGUUUGCCCGAAGAUUACACUCGAGCAAGUAGUAAAAGUGUUUAGAAUCUGAGAUCCUUGUAUUUUCAUUUCUCUACCAAGAAAUGCAAUAGUUUCGUACAGAACUACGAAGUAGCUACAACACAAAAUACAGCAAAUAACAAAAAAAUGCAAAGCUUCAUCUCUAGUAUCGAAAAUCAUACAAAGAAUUUAGACGUAUUAAUGAUCCUUAAUAUUAAGAAAUCCGAUAAAAAUAUCACCAGUACUGUUACUACUACUGCUAAAUUUACUACAACUACUAUUUCUACUGCUACAAAAAGUACUACAACUAUUACUCAAAACAACACGAACAAGUCUGAAUACGCUUUUAAGAAAUCACUUAAUAGUUUGCUAAGUUGUUUAAUCGGAGCGGAAAGCAGGCAACCGGAACCGGAACUGUCGAAGGAAGCGAAGGUGGCUCUCAGCGAGGCCUAUCAGCAGCUGCGGCGUGUACUGGACGAACCAGAGCAAAAACCACUGUUACUACAAUCGAUCAAUGAGUCUGAGCAACAAUCAGGGAUUGUAUCCGAUAUUUUACUAACCGUUAAAAGUAAUUCAACUAUUCGUAAACGUGCUGCGACAACAACGCCGAAUAUCGAUUGCAUUGCGUUUGUGGUGAUUGGUGUCCAAAAGCAGCAGAAGCAGGAACGUGACCGGCUCGCUGGACAAUACUAUGCACUGAGCGAGCUCGAACCGGAAACCGGAAAGACAGGUUGCUACAACGUUACGAAAGACGGGAAUUUGACACAUUUCAAUCAUCUGAUCAAAAUCACGAUGAAUGAUAAUGACACUGUGAAUAUGAUAUGUGAUUUAAUUGAAUACCUGAUAACAGUAAACACUAAUCAUAGUAUAAUAAUUGAUGCAUGUAGUAGCUUGAUCUGUAAUGACCAAAACCUAGAUACUAAGGACAACAACAAUGAUAAAGCCAUGGCAAAUGUUGCAACCGAUGCUAAUACUUCCGAACAAGCCAAACGAACCUCGAAACUAGUAACAACAACGUACGUUAAGUUUGAUGAUCUACUGCGCAUGUCCGAGUGGGAGAAGACUGUGCAGCGAAGUGGCGCCAAGCUGCCGCGAAUGAGACUGUGUGGUGGAGGAGAAGACUCGAUCAACAACGGAACCAGUGCUUGGGGAACGCCCGGUACUGGCAAUCCUGGCAACUCAUGGGGAGGCAUAAAUCCCCAGCAACCGCCAGCGUGGGGUGCUGGAGCUCCGGGCCAAGCCGGUCCAGGUGUACCGGGAACGUCUGCCGGUGGUAAACCACAACCACCUCCGGCUGCUGGAGGUCCAGGAACACCGGGUGUUGAGAAUGCUGAGGGAGGAAAUGCAUGGGCCGCCGGCAAUCCGGUCAAUCCGGCCAACAACUCAGGAGGUGCUGCGAAUCCAGCUGGGGCCGCAGGUGCCAGCGGCAGUGCAUCGAAUGCAAGCAACAGUGCCAAUCCAAACCAACCCCAGCAGCCAGCAGCCCAGCCUCAGGCUGAUGCUCCGGCAACCACACCGAAUCCAAAGCUUGAACGUCUGAAUACCAUGAUUGAAGCGUUGCACGCAUUGGAUGGUUGGGGCUCGGAGAAUGUAAACCAGGACACCCGGUGGGAUGUGCCAGCUUCGCCAGAGCCGGGAUCCAAGCCAGAUCCAAACAGUGCGGUCACUGGACCUACCGCUGGAAUUCCCAUGUGGAAGACCAACACCGGUACCGAAAUCUGGGAAGCGAAUCUACGCAAUGGCGGACAAAUGCCUCAGCAACAACCCGUUCAAAAGACUCCGUGGGGACCUACUACAAACCAUGGUGGAGUCUGGGGCGAGGACGACGACUCGGGUGACCAAGCCAACGUAUGGAACGGAGCCUCUGGUGGUAAUCCUGCUGCCGGAACACCACAAGGUGGCCCGUCACAACAACCUCCAUGGAAUGCCGGUGGUGCCGGUGGCGGCAUGUGGGGUCCAGGUGGAGUUGCUCCCGGUGCCAUCAAGAAGGAGAACGAUUGGGGUGGAAAUGCUGGUGGACCAGCUGCCAGCUGGGAUCAACGAAAUAUGCCAACUGGUGGAGCACCAGGUGCUGCCGGUGGAAUGGAACCUACCAACAUCGAUAUGCGAAACAUUCGUAUCAGUGGCGGAAUGGACGGCAAUCGUGAGAUUCGUGGUGAUCCUCGUGGCAUCUCCGGACGGUUGAAUGGAAAUGUGAAUCUUUGGGAACAGCACCAAAUGCCAGGAAUGGCCCCGAACAAAAUUCCACAAGUCACUACGCCUGUCACGCCAUCUGGUGCUGGUGGUCCGUGGCCAAACAAUCAACUUCCAGGCCAUAACAAGAUGCCAUCAGGUUGGGAAGAACCUUCGACUCAGGGUGUGCGUCGAAACGUUGACGACGGAACGGCCGUCUGGGGACAAAACACGCUCAGUCGCCAAAACUCGAACGUUUCCAACUGGAAGGAAGGUUCGGAGGGACCAUCACGCAACUCGGUUCAACGCAACUCGAUUGUCGGAGGAAAUCUUCCGGGUGGUCCGAUCAGUGCCCGACUUGGCAACUCUGGCCCCAUUAAACCGGACAACCUCUGGGGACAAAACAAUGUGGGAGGAGGUCGCGGAGCUGGUGGCGCUGGCUGGGGCGAUGACGCUGGUGGAAACAGUUGGGAGGAAAAGAACACUGGUUCACUCUGGAACGAAAAUCCGUCUGCCGGUGCCGGAUGGAACAAACAAGGCAAACAGAUGGGUGGCAAUAACUGGAACGACGUCAACGGAGGAGACAUGGGCUCUGAGUGGGGAAUGCCAGGCGGUGGCAUGAACAAACCACCGAGCAAGAUGAACCCGCUCGAGUACAUCCGCAGUAGCAAGCAGUUCCGUAUCUUGUGCGAAGGAGGCUUCAAAAAAGAGGACGUUGAGACGGCACUCCGCAUUUGCAAUAUGAAUCUCGAAGAGGCUAUCGAAAUGUUACAGCGGAAUGGUUCCGGAGGAGGGGACUGGCGCCGACCGGACGAUCACGGUCCUGGGUUUGGAAACCAGUUCGGUGGUGACCGGUUCUCUGCCGGUGGAAACUCAUCCUUGCCCUUCCCGGGACAGAACAAUCAGAACCCGCUGAGCGGUUUCGGUGGAGGUAAUCCAAAUCUUAAUUUCAACAAUAUGAAGUUCGGUGGAGGACAUGGUGGUGCCGGAGCCGGCGGAGCAGGUGGCGCUGGCGGUCCAAACGGUGCCGGUGCUGGACCGUUCGUACAGCCCUCGGCUCUUACUCAGAAUGCACAAUCUCAACCGUCGACGCAGCAGCUACGCAUGCUCGUCCAGCAGAUCCAAAUGGCCGUCCAGCAUGGUUAUUUGAACCACCAAAUCCUGAACCAACCGCUGGCCCCACAAACCCUGCUGUUGUUAAACCAACUGUUGAAUCAUAUCAAGCAAUUACAAGUUAUGCAAAGCAAUCUGAACCGCAGCGGUGGUGGCGGUGUAAGCGCCGUACAAAUAUCUCUUGCAAUCAACAAGCUCAAGUCGCAGAUCGGCAACCUGCAGAAUCAGAUCACCGCCCAGCAGACGAUCUACGUGAAGCAACAGCAGCAGCAGCAGCAACAGCAACAACAGCAGCAAAACAAUCCGAACGCGCUGGCCGGUGCGGGCGGUGGCGGCCAUCCGGGUAGCGACAUGUUCCGCACGCCGGCCGACCUGGCUGGCCUGCCGGGCAACUUUUCCGACAUGUCGCUGAAGGAUAACGGCAAUCCGUUCCCGUCGGCCGGCGGUACCAGUCAGCAGUCGCGGCUGAACCAGUGGAAGCUUCCGUCGACGCCGUCCGUCGAGAAGGAUUCGGACCUGACGGACUUUGCGCGCGCCCCGGGAACUACCUCGAAGCCGCCCGGUUCGGUCCUCGGUGGAAUUGACGACGGAACUUGGUCCAACGGCCGCUCGAUGGGCGAUGGUUGGCCGGAUUCGAAUGCUCAAGACAACAAAGACUGGGCCGCGAAUGCGGACGCGUUCAGCGAUCUGGUGCCGGAGUUUGAACCGGGUAAACCGUGGAAGGGUAAUUCUGCCACUCGCAUUGAAGAUGAUCCGACCAUUACGCCAGGAAGUGUUGCCCGUUCCCCACUCUCCAUCGCAGCUGCCAAAGAUUCGAAUUUAUUUGCCAAUAGCAAUAGUAACAGUAACAAUAACAAUACCAACAGCAAAUCCUCGCCGACUGAAUCGAUGACGUCCUCCACCUGGAGCUACAAUCCAAGCGGUAGUGGCCAUGGUGGCUUCGGAGGAGGCUCCAAACUGUCGAAGAACCCAUGGCCGGACAGUAUCGUUCCUCCGUCAGAUUUGUGGGACAAUUCGUUGGGCGUAAAGGGAGGCCGUGUGGCUCCUCCGGGGUUGAAGACCGCUGGAAAGUUGGACGCCAACGGGUGGAACGCUGGCCCAACCGGUCCUACCGGUGCUGGCGGUGGUGGUUGGAACAACAGCUCCGCAGCAUGGACGUCGACAUGGAUUCUGUUGAAGAAUCUUACCGCUCAGAUUGACGGUUCAACGUUACGCACACUGUGCAUGCAGCACGGCCCGCUGUUGGCGUUCCACGUGUACCUCCACCACGGAAUCGCACUGUGCAAGUACUCGUCCCGUGAUGAGGCCACCAAGGCCCAGCUGGCGCUGAAUAACUGCAUGCUCGGCAACACCACGAUCUGCGCCGAGAUUCCGACCGAGAGCGACGUUCAGAACAUCCUGCAGCAUCUUGGCCCACCGAGUGGCACCAACGGUGGCAUGGCCGGUGGCCAGUCUGGUGGUCAGAACUGGCGACUGGGAGCCGCCGCACAAGCGCCACCUGUACGCACUCCAGCCGUUGAUACCUGGGGAUCAGCUUGGCCCAGCAGUGGUGCGGGAUCGAACCUGUGGGCCCCACUCGACGGGCCAUCCGACCGAGCAACGCCAGCCAAUUUGAACUCAUUUUUACCCGAAAGCUUGCUCGGUACUGAACUGAAUUAAGCCGCACGAAAAGAUACAGCAAGCAACAGCAACAAACAAAAAACCGAUAGUUAAUUAAGUGAACAAAGUCUAUAGGAUAGAACGAUUUUGUUGGACAUCAGAGAACGAUGGUAGCUGAAGGCCUGGGUUUAUAAAAUGAAGUGUCUUUUCACAGUCAGCGGUUUCGUCUGGCGUAGUAUUUAGGUGUUGUGAAUGUUUUUAUCAUUUUUUUAAAUAUAACGAUAUACAAUUAAUAUAUAUUUGAGAAAACAGAAAAGUAAUGCGAAAAAACAACACAAAAAACGAACCUUAAAAUGCAAAAAAAAACCAACACACAAAACAUUUCAAGUCAAAGAAAAGUCUAGUUAUAUGUUUCACAUGUUAAGUUUUACUAUUGUAAACUAAUUUUCGCGUGUGCGUACGAGGUGUGUGUGAGAGAGAGAGGACUCGGACCCCUCUAAAAACAAAGAAAAAGCAUACAUACACAAGUCCUAUUAAGUUUAGGUUGCCGCUUUAGGGAGUAAUUGCUUUUCCGCUCGUCGUUUCAUUUCCGUGUAUCUCAUUUUGCGGCUCCAAAAAGGGCGGCCAAGUCACACAAUUCACGCAACACACAGACACACAAUUAUGUGCACACACUUUGCAGUAGGUGAAAGCAAUUUAUAAGCAAAUCAAUUGUGGUAUUAGAGUAUAUAUUUCGGACAACAAGUAAUUCUUUAAGGAGAAAGUAUAUUACAGCUGUUUUUCUUUUUGUUUGCGAUGGGCAAAGAAGAGAAGUGAGGAAAACAAAAAAAAAAAUACGUUGAAAAGACAACCCGUUUUGCCACUUUUGUAUGGCAAGCAGUGUUGCCACAGCAGCACAAAGCGCAAACGCUAAUUGUAAUUUUUAAUAACUGAUAGGACCUUAUUCGAUUUGUUCGAACCUGAAAACGCUUCUCAACGAACGCCAUUUACAAGAAAGCUUUGAAAAUUAAGAGUAUUGUUACAGUAAAAAAAAUCGCGAAAGCAAAAGUGCUAGAUAACUGCGCGCCAUCUCUUGAGCAGGAAGAAGAUUUACAAUGUUGCACUUGCAGACAAAGACACACACACACAAACACACAGUAAAGAUAAUAUUUAAGCUUAGGGCAAAACCUAAAGACAAGGCAAAAUCAUGAAAGCACAGCGUGCGAAUCAGCAAAGUGAACAUGUUUCCUCUUUUUAUUACUAUUUUUAUUAUUUUUUAAAGAAUUGUAGAAAAUUAUUGGUUGUGUACUAUUUAUUGUAUUACUUUUUAACUUCGUUUUAAGUAAAGCUAUCCGUAUCGAAGGAAAAAUCAAAUCAUGUCAAGUGGACCCUUUAUUUCUCGUGCUAAGCUAGCACACGGCACCUCAGUGAGAUACUUCCCCCAUCCAAAUUAAAAAAAGUCAAGGAUCGAACUCUACACUGAUAUUAGUAGAACAAGGAUCAAAGUGCAAACGCAUCCGUACUACAGGAUCUACAGCGCUCUCUGAUCGGAGAACGAGACGAGAGUGUGCUAGAUUUCCGUUUUUCUCUUUGUUAUUUGAUAAGUAUUGUUUGUACCGCGUCUUGUUACGAAGAAGCAGGUUAGUUUUGCUACACAACCAGUAACUGCCGCAGCACUUUUACCACCACCAAAACACGGCUAUGUCUGAUGCAGCAAUCGUAGUGUGAUUAGGGUCAUUCCCAGAGAUGUCAGAAGGGCACGUUCAACCUCUUUCUAAAACCUUCCAUUAUCAGAAACCAAACUAGAGAAUUUGGAAACGCUUCGUAUUUAUUUAUUGCAACUUAUAUUUUAAACCUACUUUCUACGCGAGUAUCCUGUGCCAAAACGAAGAAGAAUAAACAACAACAACAAAACUCUAUUUACAUAUCUCUCGUGUAAGAGCAAUUCGCCGGGGCUUCGCGCCAUCCUUUGCGUCUCUCCCACUCACAAUGUCGUUGUCGCGCCGCGAACUCCGAGCUUGCCAUAGCGUAAAUUUCAAUUCCCCCGAGAAGCAGCAUCAGCACACACACACUUUACAAGUGAAAGAAUGAUUACCCUUAAAAGUGUUAGCGUUAAUCUCAAACAAAUCCGAUUUUUUGUCGCUUGUGAAAAAAGCAACAGGAUACCGUCGAAGCUGUUGUUGUCUUUCUCUGUGUAUGGUAAUGCUUUAGUUGACCCUCUUUGUGAUACUAAUAAAGAAAAAGAACAUAUUUGCCUAUGUAUAUAAGCUAGGUUUCAAACCACACACACACACACACAUGCUCCAAAGGUUGAUUUGUUUUAGUUUUGUAUUCUAUCCGGACGGAGGAGAGCACGAACGAAGCAAGAAACCCCCGUCCCAACUCUCCCAUUUGUCUUUGUCCAAAAUAAGAAUAUCCUUAAAUCGCAAUCCAAUUCGCUUGUCCUAGGUUUAAGGCUCAGAUGUAACAUGUAAAAUAGGCCACCGGAGUAAACGCGUGUGUUUUGUUCUUUAACAAUUGCCUCCUUUAGCUUAGGUUGUGUACACACAUUAAUCUUCCAAGAAAAACAAAAAAAAAACACAUUCAUUUGUUGAUUCUGUUUAUUGCUCACAAUUAAGAAACAAAAAACUGUUAUUUUUUUUCCCUCUAACUAUUAGUAAGGUGCAACACUCUGAUAUAUACCAGUUCACGGAAGAAACAUAGCAUUAAGGAAUCACACACACACACAUAUAACUCUAAGUAAGGCAUCAUUAGACUGUAAGGACGGCCAAUUACGUGCUAAAAAAACCCGAGUGUAGAGAACGAUAAAAAUAAUUGUGUGUGUUGAAAAGCUGUGCAUUUGAAUGCGCAGAUUUCCCCUUACCCACCACCACCACCACUCCAGAAGACGUGUGCCGAUUGAUGUUACCUUUUUGUGCGUACUGUGUUCCGUUCCCGUGAAGGCUGGGAUUUGAAGAAAGCUGAUGGUUUGCAAUACUGCGAGGGUUGAUGGGUCUGUACUUUCAAUUUCAAUUUCAAUUCAAUUGGUGUUUAUUAGAAUUUAACAGUUCUGCUCCAGGAUGUUACAUUUGCAAUUCAGAGAUUUGGAGAACCUUUCAACUGAGAUCAAUUCAUAAGCCUUUACAGGGAGGGUACAUGUUUCUAUGUUUAGAUGUUGCUAGCUGCGUGCUCUUUUAGGGAAAAUAAAUUUUGAGAAAAAACCCUAGGGGUCUGUACUCUCUUGAACUAAGAUCACUUUCUUUCUGUUGAACUUUUUUUUUCCUUUCUGCACUGAAAUAUCAUUAAAUUGCCGAUUUAUGACGAUUGCCAAAGCUUCAAUUAAUAAAAACUAUCAUAAUCCAGCCAGAUCUUCAACAUUUUAGACUCGUUUGGAAGCUCUUUCGAUUACUUAUCCAACGAUAGCUCGGAUGGUCGAUCCGGAUAUAGUUCACUCGCAUACAGGCAGGGUUCCCAGAUCUUCGAAAUUUUAGACUCGUUUGGGAGGUCUUUCAAUUACCAAUCAAACGAUAUAUCACAUAGUAAUAUUUGAUACGAUUUCCGGCAAAAUUUGAAAACCCAUUUAGGCCGUUGCAAAUAUUUUUCAAAGUUUAUGUUUUUGGGGAAAAAAAAUCCGUCAAUACCUCGAUAUUUUCAAACCUAAUGAUUGGAAAGCAGCUGUACGCCUGGCAUUUUAAAACACUUUUUUCAUCCAAAUGUUAAAACCUAGGCUUGUAAUUUAAAUUUUUAUAUUUUUUUAUUUUUUUACGCCUUUAUUUAUGAAGUUUCAAUAAUUUGCGUUUAACAUGUAUCGCCAAUGAUAUUGACCAAAUAAUACCUGCAAGCAGGGUGGCCACCAGAUUUAGAUUUUCAAUUUCCCGGUUUUCUCCCGGGACCAGAAGGAAUUUUCCGGAAUGUUUUUAAACCAAAUUACAAUGUUCUUUAGGCUAACGUUAAUAUCAUCAUACUUUUUGAACGCAUUCAUUUGGUUCAAAGUUUGAAUUCCUCAUGAAAGCUUUCAAAUCUUGAGUAAAAAGUAAGUAAGUUGUAAACGAAGCCGUUUUGAUCUGUUAUCAAUCAAACCUCUAAUUUUCAAAUUAUUGGAUUUUUUCAUCAAAAGUAGUUUUUUUUAAAUAAGAUAAUUUAUUUAUAGAAUUUAUUAAUUUUGUAAAAUAGAUUUACAGAAAUACAUUGUUAUCAACAUUGAUGUAAAUGCGCGUUAAUUUUCUUUGAAUAAAGGUUUUGUGAAUUCAAAAAGAACAAAUCUUCCAAGAAUUAUCAAUUUCUGUGAUUUUUUUUUUUUUUUUGCUAAAAUUAUGUGAGUACUUUCUUUUUAACCAAAAAAGUUUUUUGCAUCAUUAGUCUCAACAAAAAUGUAUACACUUUGGCAGCAGCGCAGGAAAAGUGCCAUACAAAUGUAAAAAAAAUCGAUACCUUGAAACUUUCUUUUUAGAAUAAUUUUUAUUAAAAAAUAUUUUCUUUAAAAAAAAACAAAACACAUAAUGGUAAAAACAAUUAAAAAAUUAUCGUGAUUUUUUUAACAACACGUAAGGCGGGUACACAUUUUAUUUAAAGUUUUUGCUGGCCCGAAAAAUCAGGGGACAAAAAAUUAUUAUUUAUUUUUUUUAUAAAACAUCAAAAUUUUGAUGGGAAUUUAAGUGCAAUCAGCUCAAAUCAAUUUAAAAUGCAUUCCCUUGCGUCUAGAAUCAUUUUUAAGCAUGUUUCGGUUGAUUUAAUAAUCUUUUGAAUUUUUGAAAAUUUUCGAUCUUUAUGUUUUUUCGUUCUUUUUUUUGUUUUCGUCAAAUCUUACAUUUUUUGAAGACUAAUGAUUGCAGCCACGUAGCCCAGUGGUAACGCUUCCGCCUCGUAAGCGGUAGAUCGGGGUUCAAAUCCCGGCUCGGACCAACACAACUGGUGAUCUUUUUCCUUAACAUGUUAACAUUAAGUUGAGAAUGAAACUGCCACUGAAUCCGCUUUGUAAAUGCCGGCCCCGAUACUCUUCAAGGGUGUUCCCCUCAGGAACAGGGAAAGAUUUACUUACUUUUACUUAAUGAUUGCAAAACAACUGAACUAGCGUAAAAUGCAUUUUAAAACACUUUUUGCAUUCAAAUGUUGAGACUAUGGCUUGUUCUUUGAAUUUUUAUAUUUUUUCAGAUUUAAACAUACUACACAUACUUUUUUGAAGUUGUAGCUAUUUUCAAUUAAAAAAUAAUUCUAUUUUAUCUCUAAAAAUCAAAUGGUUGUGAAAAUUCUAUACAGCAUUCUUUUUUGAACAUUUUUGAACCAUUCUUUUGUUGUUGAGAUACAGGCCACAGAGAUAUUUACUGUAAUGUUGUUUUCGUACCAUGAUAUCUAAUUUUCCACUUACAAAAAAAAAUCUUAGUUUUAAUUUUAUGCAAAACUAAUAUUUUACCAAGGAUGGGGUAAAUAUCCGCCAUUACGGGGUUUGUCUCCCGGACCCCCUGAGACCGCUCGUAGUACCCCCAGGGGUACAUGUACCCCAGGUUGAGAACCGCUGGUAGAGCAAACAUUUUGCUUUAUUAAAAAAAACAAAUUCGCCUUGUAAAAAUAUCAUAGGAUACAACUGAAAAAAAAAAAAAAAUCCCUAGCCAAGAAGCAUGAGUCUAUCACACAAAUUCAAACACAGAUUUCGCGAAUUCUUCAUUUAGAAUUACAGGAAUAAUAUUCUUAUUGAGAAAAGAACAUAUUGAAUACAUUAAAGAGGCUUUUGUCAAAUUCUACCGAAACUUAAAAUAUUUUCCCGGUUUGUCGGUCGAAUUCCCGAGUUUUUCCCGGUUUUCUCCCGGUGGAUAAAAAUCCCGGUUUUUUCCCGGUUUUCCCGGUUUUUUCCCGAGGUGGCCACCCUGCCUGCAAGGUAUUAUUUGUUAUCUCGUUACUUAAACAAAAUGGCAAAACGUUACUUCAUGUUUGUUUUUCCAAUUGACAGAUUUUUGCAAAAAGUUUCUUGAACAUUUUUUCCAUUACCGGAAUAAUGUUUGGCCUUCCUGACCUCACUGAGAAAAGGCUAUAAAAUCACUCAAAAAUUGAACUUUUUAAAUAAGUCUCCAAGAUAUACCUUUAUAUAUUUAUAUAUGAUACAUAUCGGCUCAGAAUCAAAUUCUAAGUAAAUGUCUGUGUGUGUGGAUGGACGUAGAAUUUUUUUCUCACUCACUUUUCUCGUAACUAGCUCGACCAAUUUUGUUCGGAUUUGUGGUUUUGGAUUCGUCUCGAGGUUUUUUAAGUCUUUUUUGAAUAUCAUUCGGUUUGGUGCAGUACUUUAAAACUUAUGAUCAAAAGACUGUUUUGGUUGGUUCCCUGAUAUUUGUCAGAGCUCGAGAAUUAGUAAUCAUCAUCGACCCGAUCGUUGAAUGUUCACACAGAAAGCGCCGACGAUGACCAUCAUUUGGAUGCGUCCGACACGAAAGAAUACCAAAACACUUUUACAGCCGGGCGUCACGACUGCACGUGCUUUCUUUUUCUCUCUUUUCCUAUAUCUUGCGGGAAAGUGUGGUGACAGCAAUCAUUUGAAUGCAGUCAAGAGGAAGGCGAGACUUUGCGUUGCGCUCAUUCGCUCGGAUGUGUGUGAGCGAGAGCAAGGUAUCAAGGCGAGCGCAGUCAACUGUCACCUAAAAUGACUACUGAUCACAAACACAUUUUGAUUCGUAUUAUGAACAAAUUAUGACAUUUUCUGAAACCAGUGGUCGUCCACGACGGCAAAAUUUGUUCUCCUUCGACCCUCCCAGAUUUCAAAAUGCCAUCAGCUUAAAAAAAAACCAUCUACAAAUCGCGAUAUUCUCAAUUUGUACUUCGUGUAUACUAAUAAGAACUACUUCCUAGUCCGCGCCGCUGAGCUAGACGACGCUUCAUUUCUCACUCUCCGUCGCAAUUCUUGUCCGCAGGUUGUGAGUCAGUAUUCUUGUUGUUGCAAUUUUUAGUGUGUCGAUUUCAUUGUUUCCAAUCGGAGUACCCGGAUGCCAUUGUUUUUUUCCCGAGAGGAUUUAUAGGUGCACGCUAGUUGGUUAGACUAAACGACGACAAAUAUGGACGACACGAACGAAGAGAUGAGAUACACCACAGCUGUAGAGAGUUCCACCCAUUUGAUCUUCUUAAUAUUUAAAAACUAAUACAAAUAUAUGUAAACUACUGAGCAAAUAGACAAAAAUUACACACAAAACAAAAACAAAAGUGAAUGAUGCGUAACAAAUUUCCUUGAAGAGACUGAAACGCCAAAUUGAUCAUACCUUUAAAAAGUAAAAAAUAUCGUGGAAAUCGAAAGAGAUGAAAACAAAAUGACGCCUGUUAUUUAUUGUAACACAAAAUAACCGCAAAAGAUUGAGGAAAUCGGACUAAAACCUGUUUAUUAGAGAAUUUUUUGUUAAACUUUCGAGAUUGAUAAACGGAAAAGUGCGUUGGUGAUGCAUUCGAGAAAGAGAGAGAUAAACACAAUUUCAAAAACGUUCCGUAACAUUGUUCCGCCUAUUCCUGGGGAGGGAAGCGUGAAGGGCGUUUGCGUUUGUCUGUGUGUUGUUGAACGUGUGUGUGUGUGUGUGGAGCUUUGGCCAGAGGUCACGUGUUGCGCCGAAGGCUAUGAAAACUCUCACAAUAAUAUUAUAAUCAAGUGCAAUAAACAGAGGAAAGCGUAGGCAAGCAAGAAUGGACACCACUAACGGUGCAACCGGGCCGGGGUUUCCGGCUGUGCGUGCUCGACGAACCCAGGACAUUCGCCAAAAAAGUAAAAUUAAGCCCAAAUCGUGUGAUAUUUUUGAGAUAUUCCAUCGUCGUAAUAUAUAAAAAUCAAAAUUUGCCAUACUUAUUAUCAUAGCAAAAGGUUAGGGUGUAAAACUUGCUGGGUUCGUCGCUUGCACGCUGGAGACUUGGGCUAGAAGGUCACGCACACACAAACACGCGCACGCACACAAACAUGCACGCCUAACCACAGUUUGGAGGGAAGAAGUUACUCUAAAGACUCUGAAGAAUCUUUUACUUAACAGCGCUACUCAUGAUGUGUGUGAGAAACGUGACAAAACUAAAGGGGGAAACAAACCAGACUCGUUCACGAAUCAAACAAAACAAAACUGAAACCCAAAAGCUCAAACUGUACCCGUAGUCAUUCGAUGAAAAGAAGAAGAAAAAACUUGUUGCUAGUUACCAUUAUUAAUUCUUAAUUAGUUAAAUGAGAAGCGAAACUUAACAUCACUCGAAAUAAAGACUCAAUUAAAUCUAAACAAAAUGUGAAAUGAACAAACUAAACAUGAUGAAAAAUCAAUACGCAAACAACAGCAAAACAAAACAACGGAGACCUUGAUUAAUCUUAUUGCCACAUGACUUGAUAUACAAAAUACACACAAAAUAGACAACAAAAAAAUCAAGCACUGAAAACGUGCCCUCCUGUAGACAAAAAGAAAAUAAGAAGAGACACCCUGAUGGACUACCAACUAACAAGGGACGUAAAUCUCAUCCCCGCAAAAAUGAUCCUCGUUUUCUUACUGUUAAGGUUUUACUACUUUUAGUUUCCUAACGCUAUCAAACCAAUGAGAAUCAACGGUUGUUGCUAGUUUUAGACUAUUUAAAUGCCCGCAAGCACAAAAACACGUGCGCUGCUGCGUGUAAUGUACUAGAAAAACAAGGCGAAACUCUUUUCCAUUAACACACACAAAAAAAUAUGCUUCUUCAUUCCUUCUUAUGAAAAAUAAAAGCUACAAACUCACAUACAACACUGAAAAAAAAACACACACACAUCGACAGAGUUUUUUUCCUUGGCUUAAGUUUUUUAGAAAUGAAAAAAACAAAAAAAAUAACACUGUUGCGCAAACUGUUGCUGCUGUUGCUGUGAGACCAACCUAAAACACCGAAGUCAAUUGCUUGCUUUGAAGCAAACUAAAUGAGAAUCCAACCUGCCGCGCGAGUUCAAGAAUGGUGCAAAAAGAAAAAAACACGUCUUAACUGUUUUGAAAGUUUUUUUUUGUUGUUUUUGGGUAACACAGAGGCUAGCGACUUUUGGAAAUUAAACAAAAAUCACCCUCUCGAAGGGGAAAUUUAUGGUGCGCGGCUUAACCACACAUAAAUACAGAUACACACACACACAUGCAAGGAAUGUUAAAUUUACAUGCGAAGAAUAUUUUUACUAACAAAUAAUUAAAUCUAAUACGGUGAAGUGUUCAUUUAAGUAAUAAUACAAAAAGAAGUUACAAAAAACAACUGUAGUCUUAUUUUCUUAUUUUAAGUAACGUAAAAUAAUGAAUAAAAAAAAUCACAUUUAGAUUCACAAAACAAAAAGAGAAAAGAAAAAAACAAAAUAUAAUAAUAAAACAAGACUGAUUUAACGAUAACGGUUAAUGAAAAAACAUUAUAAUAAUUACAAUCACAUAUGAACAACAACAUAUACAUACGUAUCAUGAUUUCUACCUAUAUUGAUGUGUAACUGAUAAUAAACAACAACAUAAAAAAUCACAAAGAUUAAAUCUUUAGACCGCGGACACACCCUCUCACACUAGACACGAACUCUCACAUGUAAAAAAAAAGUAUAGUGCAAAGAGGGGCUUCCCAGCAAACAACAACAAAAAAUGCGCGCCGACGAGAUCUCGACCAUCAAACAAUCGAGUCCCGCACACGCUCUUGUAUUUCUUGGAACUAAAAAUUGAGAAAAAAAAUAAUUUUCCAAAUACUGUCCACUUUACCGCCAAACCAGUCAUCAACCACGCGAAUCAUAUCAGCUCACACUUCCGCAUGAAUUUUUGUUUUGUUUCGUUGAUAUUUUAAAAUUUUGCAAAAAAUAGUUUCUUGUAAUUUUCUGAAAAAUUAGUUGAUUUUCAAAAUACCUUUUACUACGAUACGAAUCUUCCAAUUUUCAUCCGAGUAAUCGCAAACAUGUUUUCGCAAAAAGCAAAGUGGCCAAGUCAACUGUGUUGCAUUCACCAACCAUCAAGGAAGGAUGCGUGAUGUUUCAAACGCUCCGAAUCAAUUGUGGCGAGGUUGAAAAUGACAACAAUUGUAUUGAAUUUGAAAUUUGAAAUAGCAAAAAUAUGCGAGGACGGCGCAAACCCCGCUCGAAUUUACUUGCAUUGAACCCAGAAAAUCUGUUCGUCCAAAUGUAAAAACUUUGACUUCCCAUGCCUCAUUAUCAGCCUCAAAAGUGAUGAAAAUGCAUAUUGGACAUUUUUGUGAACUAACUUGUUAUGUGUUGACAUAAUUUUGGGCUCUUUUAAAACUAUGUUUCAAAUGCUUUGAAAUGUGAAUGUUCUGUGACGUGGCAUGCCGCGAAAUUUCCAGGGUGGCCACUCAAGUCGGAAAAUCGGACAAAUCGGGAAUUUUUGUGAUUUUUUUUGUGCAAAAGUCUGAAAUCUCAAGCAUAGGAUUGGUUUAUUUUUUAUAGGGGGUAUUACACUAUAGUAAACAAACAAACAAAUUUGCAAUUUUUCGCGUUUGACAGUUUGCAAGCUGACGUGUCUGCAAACAAAUCAUGGCGAGCAAACUGAAAGAUGUUAAAAUGUGCGAGUUUGUUUGCCGUAGUCUAAUACCUUCUUAACUCUCGAAUAAUUUUGCCAUAUUUUGACAAUCUUCAAAUCAAUUUCAUUAGCCAAUAACCAUGGCAUGCAUUUGACCCGGAUUUUCAUGAUAUGUUUUAUGAAUCAAUAGAUUUUUUAUUGAUUAUUGACAUAGUUUAUAGAUUCCCUUUAACUUAUUUGUGAGGAUGGGUAAAUUACUAUUUAGAUAAAGCUUGAUUUUCAGUCAUUUGAAAACUGAAAUAUCGAAAACUGAAAAAUACUACUUCAUUGAAAAUUUGAAAAAACGAGUAUAAGCUACAAAAAAUUAAAUACAAGAAAUGUUGUUAUUAUUACUAUUAUUUUCAUACAUUUCGCAUAAAACAUUUCGGGAAAAAACAUGGAGUCUUAUCAAACUGGAUUUUUCACUGAUAAAAUAAGAUCAUUUAAAUUCCGACAACUUGAUUAAUCAACAUUGAAUAAAAAAAUUACAUCAAAAUUUAUUAAACUUAAAACGUAUCUUGGUUUAACAUUUUUUUAAUGUGAAUUCCGAGAUAUUUUGAACUUUUGAUUACUUUGAUCAUUUUGAAAGCGUUCUUCGAUGAACGAUGUUUUUUCUAUUAAUCAAAAUAAUCAGUGCUUCCAUCUUUAAAUUUUUUUUAAAUAAAUUUAUUAUAUUUAACCUAAAUGUUCAUAUUUUUACAAAAAAGUAUGAUUUUUUUUUUAAUUUAUUUUGAUUUUGUUCGACGGUUGGUAUUAGUUUUUGAUUUGAAUUCAUUCUUUUGAUAAGAAAAGAAAAUUUAAGAUUCUGAAAAUUAUCAGGUUUUUUUGAAAAUGGGAUUUGAGUGGUCACCCUGAAUAUAUUCCUUUUUUUUUGCCCUGAUAAUCACAAUUUUGUGAUCAUUUUGGAAUGUGACGCUUUGGCAUAAAAACAAAUCCUUUUUUGUCUGUUUUUUUUCUCAAAUUUUAUGGUAUGGAUCUGAACCAUAUGGUUCGAAAUACAUGAAAUGUCAACCAUUUCACGUGGGACAAGUAUGCUAUUAUGGGCACUAAAUUGAGACAAUACUUUUUAAAAGUUUGCCAAAAUACUCCCUUUUAAACCAAAUUUCACGGGAUUUUGGGAACAUUCUAAAAUAUGAAAAUUCGAAAAUUGAAAAUUCAUUUAAUAAAAUAAAACAUAACAAUAACAAAACGUUUAUUUAACAAAAAACUUUGAUUUCAAUAAUUGCAAGAAAACUUUGUCAUCUUAUUGUUUUAAUUAUUUCUUCAGUUAAAUACAAUCUUUAAUUACAGACAUUGAUGUUUAGAAAACAAUCAAUAACAUUUUCCUGAAGUUAACAAUAUUUAAAGGAAAAGUUGUUCUAAUUUUUUCAAACUUACUACUUUUCGUUUUUCGAUUUUUUUUCUAUAAAUUUGGCUGGACAAACAUUUGGAUACUCAUAUGAUUUCCAAACAUAAAUAUUUCUCACGUGGCAACGAAACUAGACCGCCUUUUAUCGAAAAAAACAAUAAGUUUCUCACCUGAUUAUUUGUACGACUUUUCUGCUUAAGCUAACAGCUAACACAAAACAAGCAAGUAACGAAUAUGAUACUAGACGCUACCAUUCGAACAUCAUCCAAACAAAUUCGGGUAAUUUUUAUACAUAAAAAAAAAGUAGCACACACCACUUUUCUUAUUUCCAUAGUGCAAAUGAAAGAAGAAGAAAAAACUCACACACACACAAACACAGGAAAUGGCCAAACUGUAACACAAUACACAUACGAAGAAGGUAAACUUUACAGAAAAUGUGGUUCACAUAUUUGAGCGAUAUAUUCUAGUCAGCGCAACUGUGUUAGAGAAAUGAGAUACAAAUUAGUAGUGGAGAGACAUGUCCCCAUGCUAAUCUUCAGAACUGAUUGAUCAAUUCCAAACAAAUAAUUAAAAAAAAAAAGAUAAAAAAAAACAACUUUACUAGCGAAGAUAACUGAAAAAAACCCUAUACAAAGUAACAAAAAAAUAAUGAAGCAGCGAAUGCAACAAGCAUACACUCCGGUGCUCGCGUUUGUGAUGUUGUGCGUUUAGGCUAUCGAUUUUCGGUUUUCAAGAAGCAGAAGGAGAGAUGCAUCUACCUGGUUAUUUAUGAAAGCAAUAACACAUACCCACACAUACACACACACACACACACUGUCUGUCGCACUCUUUACACCAGAAAAUGGCGGCUUUGAGGCCACCCCGCCAUUUGGGUUGUCGUUGCGCCACCCCCGCCGGCUUAAGUCCCCGGAACGGCCAGUUACGCACAACUCAACCCAACUUUUUUUUUUUUUAACAAAGUGAAAACACUCGUCCCGUACUAAUUUGUAGUGAAAGCAAAAAUGAAAACAGAAAAAUUGUUCCAUUGUGUUGAGGGAGAAAGAGAGAGAGAGAGAGAGAGAGAAAACGAACAACCAAUCCUUUUCCAAACAGGUGCUGUGUAGAAAAUAAUACCUAAUUAAGCGUACUUAGACCACUAACGCUACCACCUCUCUUAGGCUAACUCAUUAACGGAAAACAAAACAAAAAAAAACGAAUUAAAAAUACACAAAAGAAACACAUAAUAAUCAAGAAUAAUCUAAAAUGGUGCGACCGUAAUGGCAAAAAGAGAAGAAAAAACAAACUUAAUCAUAAGAAAAUAGAUUGUGAUAAAUUUAUAUCUUGAGGUCUUAUUACACAAACACACACACACACAACAAGAACAACAACCACAAUGUACACUUUUAUCACACUAUGAUUUACAUUGUGAUUUCUCCUUCCCUUCCAAAACAAAACGAAAUAAUAGCGAAUUUACACCGAUUCAGUUGUUCACCCAUUAGAACGGCUUCCCAGUAAAACUGUCUCAAUUUUUCUCUAGAUAUUGUUCGCAAAACCACCCGCCACUUACCAAUUACAUUAAAAAACAAACUUACACAAUUGUCCACACACAAACACUCGCAUGCGUUUCAAAAAAAAAAAAAAAAAAAAUACGCAUGUAAAAACAAAAGCAGUUAAGCAAAAGACCGAAUACAACUGAAAGCAAGACAAAAGAUAUGAAAGAAGCACUAUUCAUCAAAAAAACAAUAAUUGAAAAACUACCAAACGAAUGAGCAAACACAAAGUUAAGCUGUAAGUGGUUAAAUAUAACGUAUCUGUGUAAAAACGAAGAAGAAGAAAACAAGCAAAAACAAAACUCUUGGUACUGCGGGGUAAACUUUUACCGCCGUUUUGUUUUAGAUAAAACUCACAACAACAACAAACAAAAAAAAACGUGGACGUAAAAGACAAACCAUACACACAACACAAUCAAAUUGUAUUUUACCAAAACCCGAACACAAAUUCUAACGGAAAUUAAUGAGGAAAAAAACAACAACAAAGAAAUAAAAUUAAAAACAAAAUGGGCGCAAAAUGAUCAUUAAAGCAUACAAUAAAAUGAAAUCGUGAGAAAUGUUUUGCCUUUGAAAACACUAUUUAUAUGAACAAUAGCAUCUAAAUCAAUGUAGCCAAAAAGUAUGAGUAACAAAAAAAUACUAUAGUAAUUAAUGCGAUAUUGAAAAUAUCAAUAAAAUAUGAUUAAUUGAGCAAAUUGGUGUCCAUUAAUUGUCUACUUCUUCAAAGAAUACAAGAAUCAUUUGAAACUUUUAUAGAAUUUUAUAUUUACGAAACACAUGUGGUCAAAAAAAAGCAACAAAACAAAUCGUGAAAACAUGACGCGCGUGCUCUGGUGAACAAAAUCCGAAAUCUAAGCUGAAUGUGUGUGUAUAGGGUUACAAACAAACAAAAAAAAAACGAGCAACGUGGUCCCAACCGGGCUCACGAAAUCCCACCCACGGCGAUCGUAUCCCCCGCGCCGCUCCCUUCCGCGGCCACACACGCUAAAUGUGUUCUAGUUUAAAAUAGUAAAAAAAAGCAGCGGCGACUGGCGGGCUCCUCACCCAGCAAUUCUAUCUCUUCCAUACUUCCAGUUUUCGUACACGCGUUUGUUCCUUGUUCUUUGUGAGAGAGAGAAAGAAAAAUAGUUGUAACUUUCCUAAAAUUUCCCGGGCCGUCGCCGCCGCCGCCACUACUGUGUACAGCGAGCAAAACCAAAAACCCACCCCGUCGUCGUAGCGCGCGUGAGGGGAGCGAGCGGACUCGGAUCGGCGCGUUGGGGUGUUGCGGGACCGCGGCCGACCACUGUGGUCAAAUUCAAAACUUUACACAAUGUGAAAAUCAUCUUUGUAGAAAUAAGUUGGAAAAACAAGCAGAAGCAGAAAAAAAAAAGAAUUAAGGUCGAACAGAGCUGGUAGUCACAGUUUCGUUGUGUUUAGUCAAAUAUUGAAGUCUGUUGAAUGUGGGUGGGUCACACAUCCUAGAAGGAAAAAAGAAAGAUUAGCGAAAAUGGCAAAUGUGUACACAGGAACAGAAAAAUGGAAUGUACUUUGUGAUUAUUAUAAUAUUUUGACACAAAAUAAAGUAACAGUAAAAACACGCUAAUGUUAAGGUCAGAAAAAAGGAUGAUUUGUAGAUAUAGUUUCCAUUAAAAAGAAUAUUUUAGAACAAUAUUAGUCUGUAAUAAGGUAAGAAAGAAAAAAAAAAACAAAAAAAUGCCACACAAAAAAAUCUAUAAAAAGGAGGAAAAUCGCAAAAAAAGAAAUUGAAAACCACAAUUCAUGAUAAUAUUCUAGCCUUAUUUAAAAUUAAUGAAAGAAAAAAAAAUGAACUAUAUAUUACGACGCGAAGAAAAGCAAGAAAAUGAAACCUAUGAAAGUGAUUAAUAUUGAGCAUUGAUUUACGAACAUAUAUUAAUGAGUAAGAGUCAUUGAUUAUAUAACAUUUGAAGUGUAAAAAUGAAAAACCACAAAAAAAAUAAAUUAUCUAUUAUGUAUA